AUGCAUUUUACGUGUCUAGAAUGUGAGCAAGUUGUGGAUGAAGCUACCGCGGAGGAACUUUCUCGUACCGCUUACCAAAGCGUCCGCAUUGGAGGCAAGGCGGACCUCUGGAAAGACUUGGAAAAUGCGUCUUCUCUCGGUUUUCAGGACGUUUUUUUGACGGAAACGCACGCCAAACAUACAAAAAUGACGAUGGAAAGUACACUGACAUCUCGAUGCUGUGUGUGUGACGGUAUUUAUCACACACCGUGUCUGAUAAAGCUACGAGAUGUCCAGGAAGUUGAAGAAGUAGCGCUUGGAGCGCGUUUUACGUGCGUAAAUUGCCGUUUUAAGAUGAAAACGCGUCGUAAAAGAGGGUUAAAGACUGCGGAUCAAGAGACGUUGCCGCUGUUGGUGCCAACACUGGCCUUCCCAUACAUUAGAAGGCCCAGGAAUGCUGAGAAAGUAGAAAACUUGACGAUAACAAGUGGAAUGUCAAUGAAUAAGGAUAAAAGUGACGAUGAAGUGAUGGGAUUGAGUGAUGAACACAGCUGGAGAGUGUUUACAACUGCGGUGGAGGUGUGUACGACGUGCAGACAGGUGUUAAUCGGGACAGAGGAAAGGAUUAAUUGUCUAAAGUGUCAUGAUCCUCGACUGCAUCGACGAUGUGUAGAGCGCUAUGAAUUAAAACAUGGAGAAGCAGUGAAGAAGCGGAAGGCGUAUCGUAAACCAGGCAGGAAGAGGCGCCGGACAUUGUCGACAGUCACAUUAAAUUGGUGUGCUCCAUGUCUAAUGGAGAAUAGCAAACAGAUGAAGCAAUUGAUGGAUGGAUCCAUUGAGUUGCGCACAAUUGCAAUGUUGGUGAAUGACCGAGACAGUAAAACCGAUGAUGACGUAGAAUGGUGGAAAGAGUGCAAAGUAUGCGAGGGACGCUUUUGUGUGCAGGAAUUCUGCGAUCCACAUGAAACUGAUACGAGUUUGGAUAAGGUAUUACAGAAUGCACUGCAGGACGACGAACAGGAGAUGGGAUGGUGUUGUGGACAUUGCGCUUCUUUCGCCAAUGCAUUUGCUUUGAAUGAACUGGUGACGGUGUUGAUAUGUGAUGGCUGCAAUGCAGAAUUUGAUAUGACAGCAUUGAGUCCUCCUCUUGCAGAGGCCCCUGAGGGUGAUUGGUUUUGUCCUGUGUGCACUGGUAAUGCAGGUCCAACGUCGGAUGCAGCGGCACACGAUGGAAGCUCCCGUAACUUGCUGACUAUGCUGAGUUGUAAUGGAUGCAGCAAGAAAUUCAGCAUGGCCAGUCUGCACCCACCACUUCAUAGUGGGUCAGAAAGCGACUGGUUUAGCAAGUGCGUCUAUGAGGCACAAUAUCAGGGUAAAAAUCGCCCCUUGAAGGCACAAACUAGCAUGCCCAAACGCCGUCGUGUGAACAUGCACACGAUGACACCAACACAACCUAAAUAUUUCUCGGAGAAAGAGGCAGUUGUAACGGCUUUGUUUAGUAACGGUUGUGAUCGUGAGGUCGGCCCUUUCGAAUUUCGUUCUCCAUUGCUGAAGAAUCGAGAAGGCAAGUGGUUCUGUCACGCAUGCUGUGAUGUCCGUGCGACUGCACCAACUUCCGUACAGACGUGCGUGGGUUGCGAUGCCAGGUUUCAUGCGGAUGGCAGUGUUGCAGACCGGCUGCAUCGCAGAAACGGAACCGUGGACGGUGUGAUGCUCUGUGAAGCUUGCCGCAACUUGCAAGUUGGAUACAAGCGUCGUCAGCCAGUAUCUAGUGUAAGUUCCCACGAUGAAACAAAAUUUGUCUUACCGACUACAAUUGGAAGAAAGCGGGGUCGAGUAGGUGGAGAGAAUGGCGUGCGAGAUAACCUGAAGAAACCGAAGAUGAAUCUUAGCGGUCCGCCUGUGACUGAUGGUAACUCAGUCGUGAUUGAACCUAUGAGUCAUCACAUCCAGAGCAAUACACCUGCCGACGACAGUGCAUGCCGCCCUCUACCCAUUCCAAAACCAAUCACUAUGGUAACAUCUUCUGCCGGUUUGCAACGUGGGUUUGACGGAAAGAAGAGCAUUUGUGGAUGGAGUUUUACUAACCCGACUGUAGUCAUUGCAGAUCCAGGCGAUAACUUCUUUACAAAGAACGUUGAUAACGCUGAAGAAAGAAUGGUUUUUAUUAUUUGCGAUAUCUGCUUAGGAGAAUUUAAGAUGUCGGACGUGGUGACUGACGAUGCGAAUGCUGUCCCCGCCCGACCAUGGUUUUGCAAACCUUGUCUCCGUGCUCUGAAGCGCAGCAGAAGGAAACGACCUCGAUUCUCGAAGCAAAUGGUGACGGAGAUGCAAGUUUAUGGUCGACUUUUGCGUGCAACAUCUGCAAAAGUUUCCGAAUUGGAGACUAUAACUUGCCUGGGAAAUCCGCCAAACUCUCGCGCAGAACGGCGCAAAAUGUACGAGCUUGUCGGGAGAAGUGUGGGUGUGUUUUUGCAGUGGGAUAAGCAGUGGGUGAUGGGCCGUGUGAUGGCUUUUCAUUCUACACAUCCUACAAUGCACCAUACCGUCCGCUUUGACGAUGGUGUUGUGGCAACGCUGCCGCUUUACGCCUUUCCAAUGAUCAUUGGAACGCGUAGUAUGCUUUACGUCAAAGUGCCAGCGCUACAAAAUCGGUGGUGGCCUGCCCAAGUUUUACGCCUCAAUGCCCUUGCGCGGAAGCUACUAUUGCCAACUUACGAUGAUGAAAUUAGAGCUCACGCAAAUUUUUGGUUCGUUCGUAUAUUUACUAAUAAUGGUAGGCAGAGAGAGGUGACGCAGCACGUCUCCUGUUGGGUCCCAAAAUAUCUAUGUCGAAGCAUGAAGCGGUUUGUACCGCCGUCCUUGUCGAAUCACGCAACGACGACAGAGGAAGCGGAAGACAUGUUUUCACAAUCAAUGGAAAGGGUUCAAUACGAGAUACAUUCCGAAAAGACGCUUUUGGACCGCGUCUUUCAGGCGUUGCUAGCUGGUUUCCGACGAAUUCUGGCAACCUCAGUGCCACCAGCUCCACGUAAAUUUGUAAAAAGUAAUAAACGGGAGGUUGGAGACGCAGAUGUUCGUGAACGUUGUACCCAAAUUGCCAAGGCAAUGGUGGGCAAAACCAUCGAGGUUACAUUGGCGGGGUCAUGCGAACUAACACCGGGAACGUUUGUGGUGAAAAAGUUUGACGAAAAUUCACACAAACAUUUCCUCUUGCCUUAUGGUAAAAUUGGUGCUGUGGACGAUGGUCAUUCUGAGGUCAUGGUUGAUCUGCUUCAAUGUCCUGGUGGUGUUGUGUACCAUUUUGAAGAUGCUAGUGCAUUCAGCGAACUGGCGGUUAUGCUUGAGUUGAGUGGAUCUGAUGUGGGUGGAGACAUUCCAGGGGAAUUUCGUUCCAAAGAGCUACUCGAAGAAGCCAUAGUGCGAGAAACUGGCGUGCUUCGCAAUAACGCAGAUGUAACAACGAAGACCUGGAAACGUGACCACACGACAAAUACGUGCAGUUACUGCUUAUUAAGUCCAGACGAAUACCAGGACGAUAUUGAUACAUACGAUACAGUACGCAAGCUAAAAGGGGAGGAGGAAUUGACGGUGUGCUCAAAGUGUGAUCGACGAUUUCACGCAACCUGCUGUGAUCCGCCGCAUGCUCCAAUUUUGCUGGUGAGACCAGAGGACGGGAAGGUGCUCGUGGAGGAUCUGCAAAUACCAUUUGUUUGCAGCGACUGCGCAGUGUGCUCAGGGUGUCACCGUCGGAAGGAUCAUGUAAUUUCUGGUUUGACUGAGCAGGUUGGUUUUUAUAAUGGGAUGAAAAAGAUUGGAGAACACUGCGAUCAGCGAUGGUCACAAUGGCGGCUGCCGCUGCAGGCCGCUGCGCUUUGCACUAGAUGCAUUCCUUAUUACAAAGCCAAUCGAUUUUGCGGUGUUUGUAAUCUUGUCCUGGACGACGAGUUACUAACAACUAGUGUGGAUUUGCUAACAUGCUCGACAUGUCAUCAUUGGAUCCACGCUGACUGCGAGCCAGACCCACACCCAGCUUUCCACGCAUUUAACAGUACCAGUGGCUUUACACUAGAUAUCAUUACGGAUACGCCAAACGAUCCUUCGAGUUUAUCUAAAGUUGGUGUUAGUUCGAGGGAUACUGGUGCUGCGUUACUAGCGAGACGCGACGGUGAGACUGAAUCGAUCGCAAGUCUGAGAAAUUUGGUGGGAAGCUGUAGCACUCCAGAGGAGCAGAAAAUGAUAUCCAGUGCCAAGCUGUUUGCAAGUAGGGACGUUGGAGUUUUUAAGACUGCCAAACAAGUCGAAGAAGACUUUGCUCAUUCGCUUCGGUUCAAGACUGAGUAUGAUCCGAAGAUGUUGCAUAAUUAUGAGUGUUUUACAUGCCGCAAGGUCCGUAUGCUGCACAUUUUGUAUCGCCUGGGAAUCGAAGACAAAUUGGACCUGUUUAAAGAACCUGUGACUGAGGCAAUUGCACCUUCGUAUUCCGACAUCAUCAAAUCGCCCAUAGAUUUGAGUACAAUGCGGGAGAAGGUCCUUGGUGGGAAGUACACAAAUGUUAAUUUUCGCAGUUUUCGGGAUGAUUUUGAGCUGAUGUGCCUGAACGCGGUGACUUUCAAUUCAAAGGGGCGUGACUACCUGAUUUGGCGUGAAGCUUGGCGGUUCUACGGGCAAGGACAAAGAAUCUUUAGACAAACAGCACCCAAGGCACGAAUAAAGCAGCGCGGGGGGCGCCAUUAUGACGCCCUAUUAAUCGCGGCGAAGCGACAAUUGCCUAACAAUUCAGCACUUGCGGGCAAAACCCAGUCAAAUGGUGAUCCAGUCGGGAACGGUGGAGACGGUGUCGAUAAUGAGGAUGAUGACGAACUUGACGACGAUGAGGACGAUGAUAAUGUCUCCGAUGCGGGAUCUGACGCCUGGAGCCAUGGAACUGGAACUCAAGAAAACAUUGCUACUUUGAAUGGGUCGGUUAGCAGAUUAGCGUUGGAAGUGGUACCUGUUACUGGCAGCGAUACAUACAACAACUUGCCUGAUUGCACGAGAAAAAAACAACAAGGCGAGGAUGCUAGUGGCGUUGCCCUUCCAGCAUCAGCAAAUAGCUCAGUGUCAGCCGUUGGCACGACACUUGCUGAUCACCACAUAUUCACCAAUGAAGCAUUUGUUUUUCCGACGAAGCUUCGUGUGAGCAACUCCAGUUUGCGCAUACCGCUUUUUCAGAUCGUACAAACGCGCACUUCAGCUCAUAUACACAGUUGGUUGGAUGUUUGCGCAGUGUGCGGCAGCACGGGACUGCAUAGCGACUUUGUGUUUUGCGUGGAUUGUGGCGAAGGAUUUCACGUAUUCUGUGUUCCCGGGAUGAGUGUUACUCGUCUAAAAAAUAAUGAACAAAUGCGCGUGUAUUGGCGCUGUUCUAACUGCAAGAUGUGUGAGAUAUGCGGUCAACCUGGCCCCGUUUGCGGAGCUAGCAGCAGUAUUGCUCGCGUUGUUGCUACCGCUGGAAACGUGGACAGCCCCGUUCCUAUUGCGGAUAUGGCUGGAGCGGAAACGGACAUGAUGCAUGAGCAGUCCACGGGAGAACCAUUAGUGCUAUGUGCACAUUGUGAUCGCGGAUAUCAUGGCUCUUGCCUUGUACCGCCUAUCAGCUUACCGCUGGCUUCCGAGAAGCGUGACGGGAGCAUAACAGCUCCAAGUAUUUACUGUUACAGCUGUGUUGCCUGCUCAAACUGCAAGAUCACGAAAGGUGAUAACAACGAGUAUCUGGACUCGGAGGAAACGAAGAAGGACAGCAUCGCGACUAUGGAACGUACGUACAGUCACGAGAGGAGCAAAUGCUUGCGUUGCCACAACCGCAUCGAGCGCGAAGCACAAGCACUUAAGGAUCGAACCAAAUUACUGACUGAAGUAUGGACUGCAGCAGCGCGUAAAAAGAAGAAAGACGCUGAAAAGUGUCCAUUAUGCCAACGCAAAUGGGACGCCGAUCUUGAGGAGCUUAUGCAAUGCGAUGCUUGCGAACGUUGGGUGCAUCCACCAUGCGAUGCACUGUUAAAGGCGGAGCCAACGCGUUAUCAAGCUCUGGUAAGCGAUCCGAAUGCCGUGUAUAUAUGUGCAGCAUGUCGCCCGCAGGAACGCAAGCAUCUUACCGGCAAGAUGUCUGACAGCGAAGGUUGGCGUUGUCAAAUACUUGUUGCUGAAAUUCAGCGUAGACGCGUACAAUGUGAUUCAAGUUGGAAAGAGACUCAAAUGCAGUUGGAACAGAUAGAACGCUGGAAACGUUUAGCUGACCACACGCCCGUCUACCUGUACGUGCUGCGUUUGGGCGAAGAAUGUCUUCGUAACUUUACGUAUCGUAGCCUGAACUUCCAAAGUGACUGGUACCGUUUUCCGAAGCAGCAAGAACUCCGCGAUAGCGGAAUCAUCUUACCGGAAUGGCUACUGCGCAAGGCCAACCGCUAUAUGCGGUUCAAGCGGUACGCGCGUGGGCCACGUGCAGCAACACGGCGUCGUGAACGAAAAACUCAAGGCUUUUAUUCCAAACAAGCCGUCAGUUCAAACACAGGAAAGGACGCAAGCGCCAUUUGCACCAUCGCUUCCGAAGCUGCCAGUUGUGCUGCUUUGUUGGCCUGUGUGCAUCUUCUCUAUGGAUGGCGUCCGCUUCCUGAGGUUGUCAUUCACUUAUUAUCACGUGACGAGGAGAGCAGUGUUGGCAUAGAGAAGCACCAGAAGCAUCAGAAGCUCGACGAGUCGCUCUUGAAGCUGUUACGGACUGGUGAGAGUACUGAUGGCGAGAAAGCAAAAACGAGAUUAAAAUUGGAAGACGAAAUUGCAACGAUUAAGGAGCAGUACGAUCGUUGCGAAACUAAGAAACACCCUGUGCAAGAAUCAUCGUCACGACGUACAGUAUUUGGUUCUAGCGAUAUUGCAACCAGCGCUACACUGCCGGCAGCAGGUGCAGUGACAGGAGAACUGGAAUCAUUUUCAACGAGUAAAAGUAGUGUAUCGUUAAACUCGACUGGAUCAGCUCAAAUUACAGCUGACGUCAAUGUGACUACUACCACUCUUCACGAUUCUUCAGCAGUCCAAUCCCGUGGAAGCCAUAGUAUUGUUGUCCACAUGACAACUGCACCACCGCUGCGAGGUUGGCCAGUAAUCAGUGCUAGAGGCGACAACGAUGGCGAGUCCUGGGAGACUUCAAUGACUACAGCAUUCCAAGAUAGUCGAUCUUGCGCGCUGUGUUUUGUGGUUGGCGAUUGCACGGCGUGUGGACGAUUGAUCUACAUUGAGCCCGAUACGUGGGUACAUGUGAACUGUGUGAUUUGGUCCAUGGAGGUAUACGAGGACAUGUCGGGUGUGUUACACAAGUGUAGUAAGGCAAAACACCGCAGCCGGCUUAUUCGCUGUAAUGCAUGCGGGCUCAUGGGCGCAUCUGUUGGUUGCUUGGUUGCGCGCUGCACUGCGCACUACCACUUUCCAUGUGCAGUAGAUGCUGGGGUUGCGUUUUUGCCUACUGGUGAAACAUGCUGCCCGUUGGAAACACAUUUAGAUAUUGUGGCUCGAAAACUUAAAGGUACUGACGGAGUGUCGUUGACAAUGGCUACUGCACCUCCAAGUGCUGAGUCAAAGCUUGAAGCUAAUUUGCAAUUUGCCCGUGGGAAGAGAGAUCCUAGCACACUCAACGCGAUAUUUCGUACGAAUGAUGAAGCACAUGUGACAGUGGACACGAAUGAAACAGAUGAUCGAGAUCUAAUGAAUUCUGCAGAGGAGGAAAGCAAGGAGGGCAAUAGCUUUGAAGAUGCCGUUGGUGGUGGACUCAAGACUUCAAUGAGAAAAGACACCACUGAGUCGAAUGUACCGCCUGCUACACCGGUCAGUGUUUGCAGUGCAAAAGUGUUAUCGACUGAUGAAACUAACAAAGGGAAGACAAGCGAAGACGGGAUAUGGGAAGCUCAACGAGAAAAGACGAAGUCAACUGAUGAACGAUUUGAGGCAUUUCCGAAGCUGACAGAUCAUGUGCUACCAGUAAUUGAUCCUCGAUCAGAACCGCAAAGAAGCCUAUUUAGUGACCCACCACUUGUUUCAAUGUUGGACUUGAAAAAGAAAAGGCGUGCGGAACUCAAGCGUGGCAUUGUGCCAAGACCGAUGUGUUACCGUAUGGGCGCGCUGACUGUUCAUGCUCUUGGACACAUUUUUGUCGGUAACGAAAGCUUUCAUACACGAACGGCCAUUUAUCCGCUGGGCUUUCGAAGCUCGCGUAUCUUUUGGAGUUCGCGCCACUUAGGAGUGCGUUGUCUGUACGAGUGUGUGAUUUCUAGCACUGAGAUAGAGGAGCGACGUAGCAAACGGCAGAAGAAGCUGAAAAAUGGCGAGGUUGACAGUGACGAAACCGGAGGCUGUGAAUGCGAUCAAGAGCGGCAGAGACCACGGGCAGUGUUCAAGAUCACGGCUUCAGACGACCAAGAGCGACCAAUUUUAGCUUCUACACCUGAAGACGCACUCAUUGAAUUGCGUAGCCGUGUGGUGUCGUUGUCUGAAGAGCAGCGGGGAUUCUCUGCUACUGAUAUUGCCCGUCACAUCGAAGAGCUUCCCUAUGCUGCAACUACAGCGGUCAGCCGCCGUUUCAUCGUGAGGAAGCUUCGACAGCAGCAGCAACGUCAGGGUCAAAGCCCGUUGGCUGGUUCUGCGGCAGCGACUUGGGGCUCUAUUUUGGGGAAGCGAAGCUACGACACACUGAAGCAAAGUGCUACUGCAAUUGCAGGCGACAUGGUUUCGUCAAUGAUGGAAGACAUAGAGGAAGGGCAGCCUUACGAGUUUGCAUAUGAGCUUCCGUCUAUUGAGGCUUUCCAGACGGCCGAAAGGGUGAUGGAGCAAUUAGUACGGGCUGAGCAGCGUGCUCGGCGAUCUUCCGGGUGUGCGCGAACCGAUGGAUUUGAGGGCAACCGCCUGUUUGGUACACCAAAAAAGGUGAAAACCAUGCCGAGGCGACAAGCUUUUAACAAAGAAGUGAGCAAUGAUCCUGUACCGGGGGCUGCAAACGGUAGGAGUAUAGGGAAUGGAAGCACUAGCACUGGCGGUGUGGCUAUGGACAUUGAGCAUUUACCGAUUACAAUGCAGUAUCGGGAGUUACGUCGUCGUCCAUUUGAUGAACGUAUGUUGGUGCGCAAGUCGUCUAUUCAUGGUUACGGUCUCUUUCUGAAAGAAUCUGUAAGUGAAGGCCAAAUGAUUGUCGAGUAUCAAGGUCAAAUGAUUUGUCAAUCCGUGGCAGACGAGCGAGAGCGACGUUACGAGGAACAAGGGGUCGGUAGUUGCUACAUGUUUCGGCUGGAUGAAAAGACAAUCAUUGACGCCACGCGCUGUGGGAAUUUGGCACGUUUUAUCAACCAUUCCUGUGAUCCCAAAGCUUUUGCACGUAUUGUCGCAGUGGAAGGUGGUGAAAAGAAGAUUGUGAUUUUUGCAAAGCGUGGAAUUGCGGUGGGGGAUGAGGUGACGUAUGAUUACAAAUUUCCAAUUGAAGACGAAGCCAUUCGGUGUGAUUGUAAUGCUCCGAAUUGUAUUGGUCGUAUGAACUAA